AUGUCUCGAGGCGCUCCGCUCGAGAAAGCCGGAGGCGCGCCGCAACCGAACAUCAUCGACCUUGUCAAAAGCACGGACAUUGUAUUCAUCUCACUCAGCGACGAUAAAGCACUCGAGGCGACACUGGACGCGAUCCUGGACGACGCAGCCAUAGUUGAUCUGACAGGUAAGAUCAUUGUCGACACUUCAACGGUCCACCCCCUGUCGUCUGCAAAGGCGAAAGACAGGCUGGCAGCAAAGGGAGCCCAAUUUAUUGCUGCGCCGGUGUUCGGGGCGAGCCCAAUCGCUGUGCAGGGUAAGCUGCUCUGGAUCGUCGCUGGACCCGAUGAUGCCGUAGAGAAGAUCAGGCCGUUCAUCGUCGGCGUCAUGGGCAGAGGCAUCAUCCGUCUAGGAGAAGACGUGCAGAAAGCCAGCAUCAUGAAGACGGCCGGAAACUUUGUGACCGCGGGAAUGAUGGAGCUGGUUGCAGAGGCCCAAGUCUUUGCGGAGAAGUCCGGACUCGGCAGCGAGGUAAUGGAAGAUCUUCUCGGACAACAGUUUGGGCCCUUGGCUCAGGGCAUGUCAAAGCGCUUGACGACCGGUGCCUACUUACCGCCUCGUGACGAGAGGCCGUGGUCUGACUUGUCCCUGGCGAUGAAGGAUGUCGGGCAUGGCCUGAGCUGUGCAGAGCAGGCCGGUGUGCGUCUCCAUAUCGCCGAUAUUGCUGCUGGGCAUCUGAAAGAAGCGAAGAAAAUUUCAGAUAUUCAAGGGCGGGCAUUCGAUUCUUCGUCAUUGUAUGGCGUGGUGAGAACGGAAGCCGGACUCGAUUUUGAGACAGAUCUCGUCAAGAAGAGAGAUGGCUCUUCCUGA